UGCUGCGGCUCCACUAAAUGCAUAAGGUCAUAGAGUUUAGGAUUCACAUUAAUUAAUAAUGGCGCUUUUGUGUGCUGGAACACAUCUGAGAGCAGCUGCAGCAGACGCUGAGGCUGGUCCCGGGAUGUUUGGGAAUGACUGAUGUUAUUUUCUCACAGCCAAAAUGGCGUGACUGACUGCAAGGGCGCGAGCGUGGGCCAAGACAUGUGGGCGGGAAAAUGCUGCUGCGCCUCUACUCGGGUCUUUCCGGCCUCCUCCGGAGCGGCUGAACACGCGCGGCUCACAGAGCAGCAGCAGCCGCAGCAGCAGCGCCGAAGAGCCGCUGGAGCAGCUCCGCGACCCGCCGCCGAUUUUAACCCAGAUUUCCGUCGGGGACUCGGGCAGGCGGUGGGCUGACGGCUCGGGUACAGAAGAAUGAGAGAGCCCUCUCACCGCAGGGCGCGCAAACAUGAACGGGGCCGUGUAUAUGUCGUUCUUCCAGGGCCAGCUGGAGUCCGUGCUCGAGCAGGUCGUUCAGCUCGCCGUUCAGGAAAUAAGCAAGACGGUGGGCUCCAGCCUGAACGGCCUGCUGCUGGAGACGGCCGUGAAGGAGCAGGAAAACCGUCGGCUCCGGCUCCAGCUCCAGGCGCGGGAGAAACGGAGCCGAGCCUCUGCUUCAGACGACGGAGGAGGAGGAGGCUCCCCGGUGGGUGGUAAGAACAAAGCCGGGGAGAAGGCGGAUAGCGGACGGGCGAAACCCGAGCAGCAGCCCGGGGGACAGGGCAUGGGGCCCGGCGUGCCCACCGACACACGCCGCCUGGAGCAGAGAGGACGAGUCGUGGACCAGCUGAAGUCCGUCAUGGAGCAGGUCCUGGACUUUGCUGUGCGCGAGCUAACGAAGAUCGUGGAGGCGUCGUUCGACGACCUGCUGCUGGAGAUCACCAAGAUGGAGCGAGAGCAGCAGCUGCUGGAGAAGAGGCUGGGAAAGGGUGCCGAACGAGGAGGCGGGGACAAAGGGAAAGGUGGAGGCGGAGGAGGCAGGGGGAGGAGGGGCUCGGAGAACGACUCUGUGUCCCCGAGCGGCUCAGAGGACGCCCGCGAGGAGGUCGCUGUGGUCACUGCAUCCAAAGAGACGCCGCAGACACACGUCCCGGAGCGUCCCCCCGUCCUGUCCGUCUCUCAGGACUGGGUUCCCAUCCUGGACAAAGUCUUCGGUCAGAAGUGGUGCAGCGAUGUCUGGGACGUCAAAGAGGUCGGCGGGGGUGGAGGAGGAGGAAGUGGGCGGGGAUUAGGAGAGAGUGUGACUCAUAUUGUCCCCGCCCCCACCCCAGCAGUGACCCUGGAGCCCUCCCCCUCCUCUCCACAGCAGGACCCCCGCUGGACUCCUUUGGAGGACAUGGAGGUGUUUUCUCCUGAUGAAGAUGAAGCUGCGGGCAGUCUGAUAAGUGCCGCCGUCAGACCGCCGCCCGGACCUCCACCCGGACCUCCCCUCAGCCCCACAUGUCAACGCUCCUCAGCCUCCAUGCUUCAUCGCCUCCUCACGCUCCCCUCCCAGCUGCUCGAUGACGAUGAGGAAGCCGCCGCCAAGGAGACGCUUGGGUCUCUGGCGUUUGACGGCUCCAUCAGGCUGCAAGACGCCGUCGAGCCGCCCGCUCAGACUGGCAGAGAGGAGGAAGAGGAGGAAGAGGAGGAGGGAGAGGAGGAAGAUGAGGAGGAUAAAGGGAAGAAGCGGAAGCGGCGGCGGGUUUGGUCUGAGUGUGAGGAGUGUGGCCGCAGGUUCAGCCGGAUAUCCCUCCUGAAGGCUCACCGCCAGACUCACAGUGCUGGAAACGCCGCCUCUUCGCCGCCUGCCGGGGCCGCCUCGCCACUCCGCUGCUCCGACUGCGGCAAAAGGUUCUCCUCAGCAACCCGUCUCCACAGCCACAUCCGGACUCAGCAUCACAGCGACCAAUCCUGAUCCGGGACCAGACGGUACGCAGGCGAGAGCGGCGGGGACAUUUUAUUCUGUUACAAGGACACUUUUACUCUGAAAGGCCACAGGAAGUAACUGCGAAACUGACCUCUAAUCAGAGCUGCCUCGCUGUCAUCGGUACCCCCGGAGCGGGAUCCCGGGUUCUGAACGAUCCGGCUCAGCGACAGGAAACGUUAAAACGAAAACGUCCUGCCAAAGUUCUUUUUUUUAACUUUGACGUUUGUUUCUUCAAAUAUUUAAAAUUCCUGAAAAUUUUCAGGUCUAACUUUUUUAUUUCUUAACCAGAAAACCUUUAGACAGUGGAAACAAAACACGGUCGCAGUGCUGCGUCUGAAAUUCGUUUGGGUUAUUUUCAGAUUAUUUUUCUGAAAUUUGAGCUCAAAACAGAAAGAAAUCUGAAAUUGUCACGUUUAUUAAAGUUUCGUCUGGAACAAACUGCUGAAAGCUGAAGCAGUUUGAUUUUAGUUUGACAGGAAGACGAGCGAGGACGGACGCAAAGAAAAUAGGACAUUUAUUAGAAGUAUUAGAAAAAUUUCAAAAUUAAAGCCUCAAAUUCAGGAGGAAGAUCAGCGUAAAACCCGUGUCUUUGGGUUUGUACGGAGGUGGAUUCGCUCAUUUGAGAACCUGGAAACGUUUUUUGGAGGUGACUCGGACGACAGCGUGAAUCUGACCCAGCGUAGAAACUUUUUGAGGAGGAGGUGGUCAAAGGUCAGGGGUAACCGAGGGAAAACACACGCACACAUCCUCCUGCAAAUUGUGGGCUUGGUUUUUUGCUUCUUUGCUCGCUGCCUGCUGGUUUGUGUCUGUGCAGCGUGCACACGUUUUCUACUCGUUUGGUUUUAACGUGCCCUUUCUUUAGGUUUCUCUGGAUUAUUGUCGAGUGCAUGUCUGUGGUUUUAUCAGCGUUCCUCGAUCAACUCCGAGAACCAAAACAAACAGGGACUUCCUGUCCAUUGGAGAUGUCUUCAGUUCCAAUGUGAAGCUCAGCGGUGGGCUCCUUCCUCCUUCCAUCUCACUAACACAAAAUGUGUCACACUAGCAGAAUUUCUUUGUUUUCUCAUCUUUUGUUGUUCAGACAUAAUUUAAGUCCAUGAAGCUACGAGUCACCUCAGCGUUAGCAUUUUACCCACAGCUCAGACUGGUUAAACCAGCCGACCUCACAGCAGUCAUAUUAUGGGGUGAGCUGGAGCUAGCAGCUACAGCCACCUGUGUCACCAUCAACCUAUCAGUCACAGAGGCCACGCCCCUAACAUUGCAAAUUUUAAACGGGUGACUUGUAAAAACAUUCUGCCCCCGUACAGGUGCUACUAAGGAGGAAAUGAUACACAGAGACUAAACGGUUUGUGUGUCAGGCUGCCAACGUGUUUAUUUUAACAUGGGAGUCUAUGGGGACUGGCUCACUGUUGCCUCUGCUGGGUGUCAGAGGAACUGCAGCAGUCAGUUUUUAUCAUUAAGGCUGGAUUAUGAGAUCUAAACUUUGAUUUAUUCUUCAUUAAUUCAGGAUUACGUAGGCUGUGAAACAUUUUGAUUUUAUAAAGUCAAAAUCUUCACUUUUCUUGCACAAUUGGGCUUCCGUAGAUCAUCAGCUGGAAAUGAUUUUAAAAAUUGAUCUUCUUUGGUAAGUCUGCUGUGUCCCCUACGGAAGCCCAUUCCUGCCAAAAAAGAUAACUUUGGGUUUCACUUCGAGUAGCAAUUUUUUUCCCCUUGAAUUUAAUUUUUUGCUGUAACAUUUGCAUAUUUAAAUUUUUCAUUGUUUAUUUCAAAUUUGCAACGUAAACAUCUGUUUUAAGUCUUUUAGUGUCCACCAAGGCAAACUUGGAAAUAAGGAAAUCUAAUGAUUUAUUCUGCUUGUCAUUUUCAUGUUUUGGAGGAGGAAGAGGAUGGAGGAAGGAAGGAUCAGGUGACAGGAAGUGAUUCAUCCUGAGAGUUAGUUUUUAUCCCUGAUGUUGGCACGAACAAUCACAGAAUCCGUUGUUUCACGCUGUGUAAAUGUGCGAACCUUUUUUAAACUCUGUUUUUACUCAUUUGAACAAAACGUCUGAAGCAAUACGAUGGCGAGCUCUGCAGAGCUCCGCGGUUCAAUUUGAAGAAGAAGCAGAAAUGCACAAAAUGAAACCGUCUGCGAGCCGAAGGCGUCUGAUCGUUGGAGGAUCCAGAACUCUGGUCUCCUCAGGGGGAAAAUCAGACUUUUUUACUGUCCUUUCUUUGCUUCACUGACCGCGUCGUCUCGUUUUCGUACCUCAUUUUUCAAGUGUUUCUUUGACUUCCUGUUUCCAUGAGACCUCAUUACCUCAGCUGAAGCACGGCGGCGAAAUCUCAACAGAUCAACGAGCAGAGUUUAGUUUUCUUUCCAGGCCUGGUCUGACAUAAAAACCACUCGACAUGAGACGUUUCUUUGUGUUUUAUGUGUUUUUUCUUUGAAGGUUUGAUUCGUACAGAAUCCAAAAUCUGAUUAAAAAAAAGUUGUUUUUUUUAGUUUUUUUACAUUAAGCUGAAUUUAAGUAAAUAUUUGUUUACAUUGGUGAAGAAUUAAAACUCGUAUGUAAACACAGUAAACCAGCUCCCCCUAUCCCAGCAUCCUCCUUUGCUGCAGCCUUUCCAUCAACUGUGUUGGCCAAUAGCAAAGUGGCAGAGCACCCUCUGGUGGACAGACUCCAACAUUGGCACUCCUGACAUGGCUGCGGGGCGUUUCUUUGUUCUUUACUUUAGUUUUCAUGUAUCAGUGGCAGUUAAAGCUGCAGACAGAUGAGGAAUGCCAAAAACCGGGCGGCGGAUAAAUCGGGACGUAAAAGCUUCUUUCAGCUGCUCCGUGAAUCCUCGGGGUCUCUGUGGCUUCCCUGACAGAAGCCCAGAGCUCUCCUUUUACUUCAGAUGUGUGAAGCGCUUUUAGGGUUCUGGCCCUCUAAACUGUACAUAUAUGAAUAAAGCCACAAAACUGCUUUGUUCAAAUUUCUACAUUUCAGUAAAAACUGAUAACUUAUUGGAGUUUUGAAAACCUUGUGUGGCUGCUUGUGCUGACAGAAUUAACUGAACCCAGAACCUAAAGUCCAGACUGUAUUUUUCCCAUCGGUCGGGCCGGAUCGCUCCAUUCGUUACGUUUUACUUCCUGAGAGUUGAAGUGUGAAGCAGCUUCACUCAGCACAGCGGGACAGAACUCUGGAAAGCUGAGCGGAGGGGCCAGAUAAGACGACCUGAAUGAGAGAUCACACAUUUAUGAUGACGUCAGUCCUUUUUUUUUUUUUUUUUUAUGUCACACAGCUGCCAUCACAGAUCAUAAAUAGACUGUAUGUAAAAGAUGGACAUAAACAGUGGUCAGCACAUUUAGGAAGCGUUGAACUGACUGAUUUUACCGUGUCAGCUUUCAGAAAGCAGACGUGAUGCAAGACGAUGGAUUUCUGCACUGACUUCCGUACUUCCGCCCCUCCGAGACCCUGACGGGACCAAAAUCUUCCUGUUUUUUUUCAGUCAGACCUGAACCUUAAACACAUCAGGACAGGGUUUACUGAGCUCAGAUCAGCUGAGCAGGAUGCUCAUUUUCCCAUUUGGACCAGAGGAGCCGCCUCCUGCUGGACACUAGAGAGAAUGCAGCAGCUUUAUGUCCAUCUUUUAUGUACAGUGAGUAGGAACAAGCUUCGUCUGUUUGAGUUUAAUGCUGCCCCGAAGAGUCGCACCACUGAUCAUUGAUAGAUAUCAUGUGACCUGUUUAACCAAUCACAACUCCUCCUGUCCUUGUUUACACAGAGGAAUGCAUCUGCCUAGAAACAAGCAUGAUAUUAGAGUUAACUUUGAGGAGGAGUCACAUAACACUUUGUGUUUAAAAACCCGGAUAUCAACAUAAACGCGUGCUAAUACUGUCAUCAUUUGUUUAUAUGCAGUUUGAGGCACGUGUUGGAGUUCCAUGAAAUCUGAUCUUAUCUCAACGUAAAAUACUGAUAUUUUUUUUCCUCCAGACGACACACACAGCUGUAAAAAUCAAGUGAAACACUGAAAGUCUUUUAAGUUAUAAUUAAUGAGUAACAUUUCCCUGCUGGUGGUCUUUAUUCAUUUAUUAUGUUUGUAGCUGAUCAGAUGCAUUUCUCUUCCAGAAAAGGUCAGUGGCUGUAACGCGUCGUUGUAUCAUUUCUAGUACUGAAACAUUUGUGCAAUGUCAUCUUUUUUUUCCUCUCUCUUUUUUUGUUAGCAGUGAAAAGUGGUUGUGUGGUACUCGUACUUCAGUCCUUUGUAGCUAAAACUUGCAACUAGCAAAAAACUAAUAAAAAUCCUUAAGUUGGCAAGGAGUUCCUCAGGGAACUCUUCGUGGUCCUCUGAUUGUUGGAUGGAGACGUGUGAAUGAGGGGUGAACAGGUUUGUUUUCUUUUGUUGUUUUUUUUUUUUUUCAUGUUAAUAUUUCCAGUUGGAGGUUUUCCUGUAAGUCAGGCUCUUAGUGAAGACACAGGGGAACUUGUUUCGGGGGUGGGUUUGUUUUAAACUUUAAAUAUGGAUUUCUACUUCCUGUUUAACCUUGAUGAACGCUGUAUGUCAAAGAAAAGUUCAUCUCAUUUUUUGGAUGUGAUGCAAUACUUUUGAUAAAAUGUGCCCUGUUUUUUAUUUUAUUUUGUUUUUUAAUGGACACCAGCCAAAUGGUAGACUGAAUGCUUCAGGAUUUGUUUAAAAACAAAACAAAAAAACUUAGACUUGAUGUGACCAGUGUCAGUUCUGAGUGAGUUAUCAGACUCUGAUGUGUUGGCUGUUUACUUUGUGCCUGGUUUUAUCAGCGCUGUGCGGGCUGUAUGUCAUUAAACACCAACUUACAACUGUCUGCCAGGAUGAUGAUGAUGAUGAAGGCUACGGUGACUUUUUUUUUUUUUUUUAAGAAAUGUAUUGCCUGUUUUAGUUGAGCAGAACGGGUAUUUUGUAGUGUUAAAAUUCAAAGGAAACAAAUAAAUGUUCAUAACUACCCGGCUGGGA